AUGUAUAACAGAGCAGAUGGUAAUGGACUAGAAGCACGAUGGUUGUACCAAGAGCGAUUUCCUGGAAGAAUAUUGCCUAAUGUCACAGUGUUUCACAAUACUUACCGACGUCUUUACGAGACUGGAAGUGUAACACGCAAUGAACCUGGUGUUAAUCCAGGCCGAUAUCCUCCUGAAGCUGAAGAUCUAAUCCAAGCGUUUGAAAAUCAUCCCUCUACAAGUACUAGGAAAGUUGCUGUUGAUCUUGGUUUAUCGCCGUGGAAGGUUUGGAGUAUCAUGCACCGUGAACGAAAAUAUCCUUUCAUGGUAUCGGCGUACAAGGACUUGAAGAUGAGUUUCUAA